UCUGCUGUUUGACAUGAUGAAAUUAAUUGUUUCAGAAGAUUUCGAUUUCUUGUCUUUUCUGGGCAUUGGUGCUCCAAGCAGAGGAGGAAAGUGAUUUCUUUCAGAGUAGUGGAGCUGUUGAAGCAGAAUAAUAAGAAUGGCGGACAGGCGCGACCACGUGCUAAGCGUGGCCAGUGCGUGGCUGGCGAUGCCUUCCUUCAGCAUCAUGUGCGUCUACCUUGGAAUGGUUCUAAUCGUCUCACCAAUAUGGCGAAGAGUCGUACCUGCCCUGAGCCUGGGCUACAUGGUGGUGGCGUACAAUGCACUGUGCUCAGCGCUCAGUCUCGUAACGCUGCUGCUCUUCUUCGUACCACUGGCUGCCGGCUGGGAAGCGUCGAUGUUCUCCAUCGAGAGGUGCAAAACGGAGUACAUGGCCCUUGCAUUUCAGCUGUACUACUACACGAAGGUGAUCGAGCUGCUGGACACCGUGUGGAUGAUACUGCGUCACAAGAGCCGCCAGAUCACCGUGCUCCACGUGUACCAUCAUUCCAUCAUGGCCGUGCUGGGUGAUGCUGCCUACAUGACUAGUCUGCCGGGCGUCGCGUUCGGCCUGGGCAUGAACUCCGCGGUCCACGUCGUCAUGUACAUGUACUACUUGGUCACGGCGUGGCGCAGCAUGAGCAGCACCACGGGCACUGGCGGCGAAGGCACGUCGGCGCGCAGCCCCGCGUUCCUGUUCUCGCCGUUCAUGGAGCGCAUACUGCCGCUGUGGAGGCAGCGCAUGACGGAAAUGCAGCUGCUGCAGUUCUUCAUCGGCGGUGUGCACAACCUGUGGGGAUACAAGUACCACAGCUUCUGCCCGUACGGCAGCGUCUUUCUCUUCACGCUGGUCGUGCUGUUCUCCAACUUCUACUACCGCGCGUAUCUGAAGCCAAAGCGGAAACAGCCGCCCGUCGACACGAAAAAAUCAGAAUAGAAAGCAAAACAGAUAGUAAUUAUUUCACGGUUGUCCGAAAAUUAGUUUUAUUUUUCAAUUUCAAAUUUCUCCUUCCAUCGAGUUUGGUGUGGGAUAUCUAUCUGCUCUAUUCAACACCUGGGGUCGGUCUUAUCUUUCCUUCGCCUGAUAUUCAUUUUAUUGAUCUACAAGUUCAGUUUCAGGUUUGCGUGAAAGCGUCCGUGCCGCCGUACUAAGAAUUAUGACUGUCCAGCAGCUCUAUACAGUCAUGUACUCCCUCCCGGUCAUUCGAGUCACUGCAGUUUUAUUCGCAAGUCUCACUGCCAGUUUAGGUUUACAGUUUUACACUGACAUAGACUAAUAUUCCUUGGCUGCUCCUGGAUUACCGUCUGACAUUUCUCUCCAGUCAACUGCGAGUCGUGUUCAAGGAACACAAUAUUUGCCAUAUUUACUUUGCGCCUACGUGUUUUGCAUGGUAUUUCUCCAAUCAUUGGCUACAUCAUCAUGUCAUCACCGAAUAUGGCAAUGUUCACCACAUGGCAAUUCUCAAUCUCAACCCUGGCCGAAGUUCUCGGUGGGUGAACAAAUGUGGCAGUGUUUUUCUGGAUCAGGAUUCCGCCAGAGAGUCUUCGAAUGCCGUAUUUGACUACGGUACUCCCUGAAAUAAUAUUGGACUAAAGUGCAAAGUGAUUGCAACAAGUA